AUGUCACUAUAUCGUAGUCGUACAUUCCGGCGUAAUCCUACCGUAGAACAAGAAAUAAAAAUAAUCGAUAAUCCAUUAGAGGGAGAAAAAGUAAAGCUUGUUCGAAGUAAAAGCGAACUUGUACAAAAAAAAAGUGAUAAACGAGAGAGAGUAACAAAAGACAAGCGUUUGAUCGAAGAUGAUUACCAAGCACCAUUGACUGCAUCACAUUUAAAACCACAUUCAAAAUGGUUAAUUGUUCGACAUAAUUUACAUCAUAUCCGUUGUAUGGGAGGUAGUGCUAAAGAUGAUAAAUUACCAGAUUUAUAUAAUGGUUUCCAAAUGAAACGAGAAUUAACACGUGCACAAGAAGCGAUUAAGAAUGUUGAUAACGAUAAAAAUUUUGCACCUGUUAAACGAUUUGGUUUGGCUGCUGAUAAAGACAAUGUAGUGAAAUUUUACAAUACAGCACAUGUAACAGACCAUGAUGCAUUAGUCUACGAUAAACUGGGUGGUGAACCGUUGUCUUUACAAAAUUUGUUAUAUUACUUUAGUAAACAAGACAUAAAAUACGGUACAAUUUAUUGGGAAUUUUUAAAUGAAGUUAAUCGGGUAUUAAAUAUGAAUCGAAAGCGUAUGGCUCGUGUUGCUAGAUUGCGAAAAUUAGCAUUGACGCUAUCUGUUAUUCUUUAUUCGAUUCUUGGCAUAAUGUUAUUAGCACUAAUUUUCGGUGUUAUUACUACAGCGACAAAGUUUAACGAUCCAGAAGUUCAAAUUGAUUUUAUCAAAUUCGAAGACUAA